AUGUGGAUCGCAAAGUUGGCUCCGAAGUAUUUUUUAUGUAAAUAUGAUUUGCGAAAGGGUUCGCUAGUUGUUGGUGGAUUUAUGUUGGUAAUCAGUAUUAUUUGCGUGAUUACUCUCACCGUUCAGAUCCUGUACUACAAAGAAGGCGAGGGAUGCACUGUGCUAGUGAUGCGUAAUGCGUAUAGUUACAGCAUCAACGCCCUAAUUUACUGCAUCCUCAUGAUCUUCAUUCAUAUCUGGUUUAUCUGGGGAGUUCAGACUCAAAAAUCAUCAGUGGUGCUGGGCUGGGUGGUGAUCACGGGCAUGUGGUGGGCACAGUCGGUGUUCCUUGUGUUGGUACUGAUGUGCAUGUACAUCACUGGCUGUCUCGGCUUGCUGGUGGCCCUUUCAUGUGCGGUGGCGGCUUUUAUGAUUUUAGCUUACUUCAUCCUAGUGGGCUUCGGCUACUGGCUGCAGAUUCGAAAAACCUCACCAGACACAGCACCUCCUUAG